UUUAUUUUUUCAUUGACAUCCUUAUACCUAUAUUCAUACUCAUACUCAUAUUCAUAUUCAUAUUCAUAUUCAUAUUCAUAUUCAUACUCUAUAAUCAUAAUCAUAAUGUUGACAUCAAUCUUACCACUAGAACUCAUUUUCCACAUCGCAUCAUAUCUCUCACCAAAAGACAAGCUCAGAUGUAUACUUGUCGCAAGAUCCUGGAGAAAUAUCUUCCAGGACUCACUGUGGGAAACAAUGGAAAUCAGUCACCAAAAGAUACUAGACAGUGUGUGCCACCUACCGUUAUCCAACCAGAAUGUUUACAAAAGACAUGGCCAGCUCGUACGAAAAUUAUGCAUACAGGAAGAUGUGGUCACAACAGCCCAAAACAUCUCUACUCUCCAGGACUGCUUCUGGAACAUAAGAAGUCUUUACGUCCAACGAGACUGUCUCAGCGAAACAUGUUUUGGAGACAAUGUAAACUGGAGCCCAUGGAAGUCCCUGACAGAACUAGACCUCGAAUUGGAUUAUUUGACAGUGCAAACCCCAGAAAAGAAAAUUCUCAACAUCCUAUCACAUCUUCCACGCCUUGUACGCUUGAAUCUUGCUCAAUUUUGGCAAGGCCGCACCAUAGCAUUUAGCGUGCAAGAUCUAGAGACACUUCAUGCUCACUUACCGGAUCUAGCCCAGCUGUCCCUAAAGGUCGAUUUCGCUCAAUUCUCCACCAAGGACCUUCUACAGUCUACAAGUCUAAAACCAGCCAAAAGAGUAAAAGAACUCACGAUACACUCCAGAAUCACCGAUCAUCGGUGGUUCUAUUAUUUCACCCGCAAAUACUCUGGCCUCACAACCCUCAAGUGGAUGACCAGAGGAGUCAAAAAGAUCCAGGACGACCACCACAGCGAGGCUGCCUCAAUGCUGUCUGUACUCCCAUGUGCUUUCGCGCACCUAAAGACGGUAGACAUAUCCGCCUGUGGUGACCCAAGACGAUCAUAUCUCAUCUUUAGAGAUUUAUUCUGCGCAUUAAAAGUACCGAUCAAGCAAUUGACCUACAACGUGAGUUCAUCUUUGGAUGAACACGAGUUAAUUGAACGGAUUGUCCAACUGAGCACAAAUUCAUACUCUGACACUCUCGAGAGGCUGACCAUCGGAAACUCUAUGCUUCGCCAAAGACCAUUUUCUGUUGUCACGGCUCUCAAUCGCUCCCCACGUCUGGUCCACUUUGAUUUCUCAUCCCCAAAUUCUCUUGUCGAACUCGACGUGGUCUUGGAUCGUUGUCCAUCUCUCAAGACUCUCUGUAUAUCUCAAGGAAGCCUGUCCACAAAACCCAGCCCACCCAUCACCCCUGUUUCUCUGCAACACGGCCUACGCCUCAUAGACCUCAAUGGAGUAAAAGUCAAGUCAAGUGCCCUGAGCUACCUAUCUUCUCGGUGCAGGAGUCUAAACUAUAUGCACCUCAAGAACACCAGCAUCUAUGGACAGAUUUCCGAGAAGACACGAAAUCUGUGCAUCGAUAUGUCCUUUAGUCGCUUUGAGCUUCUUCGCAUCCACGCCAUCAAGGUGUAUUCCAAUUCCGAUCUCACGAGUACUGAUCCAAGUAUCGAACUGAUUACCCUGGCCCGUUCGGCGCCCACCCCACCGCCCAGAAAGAAGGCCAGGUCGUCAAGCACGUCGUCGUUUCCCUUGAGUCUUUACCGAAAAGGAACACAUGUACAAAACUGGCUGCACUCAGAUUGUGAAAUUGAGUUGGCUAUCGGAGGCGCAUGCUCAAUGCAGAUGUUGGAUAAGCAAGAUAUAGACCAUGCCUGUGUCUCUUUAAUAGACCGCCCGUACAACAAAGAGGACCAAGGAAAGAUGGUCAACAAUAGUCUGAGGCGAAUCAACACCUCUGGAACUUCAGGACGGUCCAAUCCAACCUGGCCAAAGAGUCUCUGUUUAGGCUAUUCGACCUUGAAGUGUGGUAUUAUAGAAGUCUAUGAGAUAGAUUCUAUAAAAUCACACACUGAUUGUUUCUGGAAGAAUUUGAAGAAUUGAUCGAGCUGAUUAUCUGUUUAUAUAAAUAUAAUAAAUAUAAUAAAUAUAAUAAUAAUGUAAAAUAUAUUGCUAAUUUACCUACCACAAUUCUUUUUAUAUAUAUAUAUUAUAUUUUAUAUAUAAUAAUUAAAAAUAUUCGACACAUUUUAAAGAUGUAAAUUAUUU